CACUGACACACACACACACACAAACACACUUCCUCCCUCUCCCCUCUUCUUCACAAAUAUGUGCAUCAGCAGCCUCUGCAGCACAUUCAGAGCGCUCAGCCAUCGUCAGACCCAGAUACCAAAAGCUUGAAACCCAAUAAAUAACAGAAAAGAAGCAAAGAAUGGGGAUGUGUGCAAGCAAAAACAGAUCAAAACAUGCAUGGAGUAAUGACCCAAGUUUGCUCAUACAAAAAAUGAAGUUACUACAACGUGAGAUCAAUGCAAUACUGAAGCAGAGGGAGGAAGAGAGCGAAGUUUACGAGCGUGAACUGCUGGUUUUCACGUACAGAGAGGCCGAAUGGAAGAAAGAAAGUAAGAAGUUACGAGAAGAGGUGAAACGUUUGCGUAGAAGUCUAGAGGACAGAGAAGAAAGAAUUAAACAGAUGGAAGAGAAAGUUGGUAUGGUAGGAAACAAUGAAAAUUUUCAAAUGUGUUGUGAUUCAGUUGAUAUCAGUAGUAGUACUGCUGCAACUAGCUUGCUUUUAGUGGAGCAUUUGAGGGUAGAAAGAGCAAGAAGAGAUGAAGCUGUUGAGAAAUGGAAGAUGUUGUAUCUUGCUAUUAAGCAUGAAUUAGAUGAUUUAAUUAAGAGGACUCAUGAAGGAAGACUUUACUGGAGAGUGGAGGAAGAAGAUUUUAUGGAAGAUGUGCAAAGGGAAAUGAAGGCGAAGGAUGAAACAAUACAAGUGCUGAAAGCACAGAUAGCUUCCAUGGAAGAUGAAGAAUAUAAGAGGAAGAGAGAAAUUGACAUUCUGAGACAAAGCUUGAGAAUAAUGACCAAUAGUAAUAGAGCAACUUCUUCUCCACAUGUUAAAAGCUUCCCUAAGCCCUCAAUUUGCUUUUCAAAGGGCCUCUCACAAAGCUUGCAUUUGUAAACUAGAAUAUUAUUAUAUAAUUUUUGGAAUCCAUUGUAUUUGUAUGAAAUUAAAGCUAAAAGUUUGCAUUUAUAGUAAAAAUUUACUUUCAGUUA